CACAGGUGUGUCGGAUGAGAACCCGCAGGUAGGCUGAAACAAACGGAAUGUAUCCUCUGCUGCGCCUUCUAUUCUUCGGACAGGAACAAUAGGAGGAAACAUUUUUGGUGAGUGAGUUGUGUGGUUUACAUCGUCACCUCGUUUCUGCUGGACGGGUUUGAAGUUCUGUCAGUUUUGAGUUGUCMUGUGAGGAACCGGACCUUUGACAACAGAACUUGGUGGGUAAGAAGCUCGUGUAAUUAGUGAUGGAGUGGCGGGAGCAGACUUCUGUCAGCUGUGAAGAAGCUUACUCCGAGGCGCAGACAUGGAUUGAGGCUGUAACCAAGAAAACAUUUGGGAGCAAAGACUUCCGAUCAGCGCUGGAAAAUGGAGUUCUGCUGUGUGAUCUGAUCAACAAGAUCAAACCUGGUACCAUAAAAAGGGUUAACAGACUCCCAACACCUAUUGCUGGAUUGGACAACCUUAACGUCUUCCUCAAGGCCUGCGGGAAGCUCGGACUAAAAGAGGCACAACUCUUUCACCCCGGAGAUCUUCAAGACCUGUCCACAAGAGUUACAGUCAAGUUUUAAUCACCAUUUACUGGUUGGGUAGAAGAGCUGAGUGCGAUCGCUUCUAUAAUGGACCUUACCUGAACUUCAAGGCAUUUGAGGGAUUAUUGGGCACAGCACUAUACAAGGCUCUGCACGAAUCAAACGGGGAGAAGGCCAGCAGCAUCAGAGACAGCGGUUUUGGAGAUAGUUGGUACCCUGAGCGUGAGGAGAUCUACCAUCUGAGAGAAGAAGGUGGUGGAGGAGGAGGAGGACACAGGAGAGACGACUCCCUGGACAGUUUGGACUCUCUGGGUUCUCGACCCCGGAGCAUCUCAUCUGACGCCACUCUGAGGGGUGGCAGUGAAGGUUGUUGCAGCGACGCAGAAGCAGAUUCCAUCUUCAGGAUGGCCGAGAACAAAAGCGGUAUCAGUUACCGCCGGUCGGUUGUCAUCACACCUAAAGCCACCGCCCAGUUUAACCAGUUCCUGCCCACGAAAGACAAACAGUCGGGCUACGUACCCGCUCCGCUAAGGAAGAAACGGGCUGAACAGGACAGCCGGCGCAGCUGGGCCAGCCUCAGCUACUCAGAGGAUGAAGGCGUGCUCACCAGUGGGAUGAUUUCCAAAUGCUACUGUUGCGGCAGCUGCAAUACCCAGAGUGCCUUGCCAGCAGCUCACCACCAGUGGGGUCUCGAUUAUGAAAGUGGGAGCAGCUCGGAUACGGAUCGACCGGAUCCUGACCUCGUUCUAGAUGAUCUGGCGAGCAGACGCUUCCACAGUCCCUCCCCGGCCCCUCCCAUCAACUUUGCUGUGCCCAUCAGUCCCUCAGCAGGGGGACGAGUGGCUCGGGGUAAAAAGGGCCCCUGGCCUACGGUCACUGUUACUCCCAGUGCUACACCUCAGCAAAAUGUGACCUUGGACAGCAAAAGCAGGAAAAUGCAGUCGCCCAAACGCAGUUCUGUGAAAGUGGACCACCACCGAGCCGUCAACACCGACAGCCUGUUCAGGGACAUCUAUGUCAACUCUGAGGAUGAGGAUGAUGAGGUGGGCUAYGCUGACCCUGUGCAGGACGAUCUCUAUGCCCGUAAGAUGGGCAUCAAACCCCAGCCUGCAAACAACGUGUCGUAUGACAAGUUUUUACCCAAGUUCUGGUCGCCAGAAGAAGACGUUCACGUGCAGAAGAUUAAACUGGGCUCUCAGAAAAGGCCCUGGUACAAGAAGAUGCAAGGCUUCAGCCGUCAGAAGUCCAGCUCCUCUGAUGACUCAGACAGCGACAUCAGCCCCUGGCUCUCCUCAGCCCCCUGUCCUUCCGGCAAACCUCCCUCCCACUCGCACACACACGAGGCCUCGGCUCGCACCACCCUCGUUGUCGGGAAAAGUCCUCAUGUCCAACCACAAACACCCUCACAGCUUCCCAAGAUAGAACUCCCUUUCUGUGAGGUCCCUCCGCUGGUGUUUGCCCCUGUGGAUCCCACCUCCGGUCCCAGACUGGUCAAAUGUGAGCAGUGGCCGCUCCUGGGGCGCCAAGAUCCCAGAGAGCCGCCAGAUCCCUUUGAUUAUGAAAGCCUUGACCCCGACUUGGAGAAUGAUGACAUGUUCACCAGGCGGACCCUGUCAUUUCAGUCUAACACUGACCUGGCAAUGAUGAAGACUCAGCUGUCAGCCAAACGUCGGCUCCACUCCUCUGAGCCACAGCUCAAUAUUGUCACCCAGCAGCUUCGUCACGGAGAUGCAGAGGAAACUGAUUUUCCAGACAUCGAGCAGGAUGACGUUAAUUGUCGCAAGGAGAGAAUUCAGCAGGCUCAGCAGCAGCGAGCGCUCUCAGGGGCUCCUGAUAACUACGCUGCCAUGCACAUCCCAGAGCCAUGGGCGCUCCCCCCAGAACUGAAAGCCAGACUUCUCUGCCCACCGUGUCCUCUGACCAAGAAAGCAACAACUGACCAGACUCAUGUUGAAAAGGAGGUGCAUCCUGAAACAGAUGACAUGCUAAUUCGGAAGCUUGGAGUCCAUUCUGAUCAGAGCCAGCCCUCACAGAGAGGCCAUUCAGCUGCUCAUGUGACCCCCUCUGUACCUUCUUCCUGUAGCAAAGAGGAUCUGCAGAAGUGGCAGGCAAUCAGAGAAGCCAGUCAGUUAAGAUAUAAGAAGAGGCUUUUGUUGGAGAGACUAGCUGCUCUGAAUACGGACGGGAGUAAAUCAACAAGUGAUAUCAUGGAGCCAUCGAUCACCCAGCAGAAUCGCUUCGAAGAACUUCAGAAGUAUCGCGAGAAGAUCAAACAGGGCGAGGACAAGUGGCAGGAUGACCUGAGCAAAUGGAAGAGCCGGCGUCGGAGUGUAAACUCUGAUAUAGUGAAGAAGAAAGAAGAAAGGGAGAAGAUAGAGCAGAUUACAUACGGCAGCGACAAAAGGUCCAAGACCUUCAAGGAGAUGCAAGAGGAUAGAGACAACAGAAAGGGCAGCAUCAGCAGUCGUCUCAAAUCCCUCUCCGCUUUAGACGACGAGGACGACAUAUUUGAAAAACCCACCAAUUCUCCGUAUACCAGAGCCCUUCCUUCCAGAAGCUACACUAUUGACACUCCUUACAAUUCUUCAGAUAGCUUUGAGCCUUGUCGGAAAACACAAGAMCCCCCUGCUGCUUCCCCACCUACUCUUAGGCCUGCUUCCCCACCUUUUUCACAGAAAGUGGCAGAGGUGGACAGUGCUCCAGCCAGACACUCCAGUGCCACCACCACCAUCACUCCCACCCCCACUCCCGCSAGCCGCAGCUCCAUCAACAGCUCCCUCUCUCCAGCAGCUGCGCCAGAACCGAAACCCAAAACAGACCAGCUCACCAGCACGACCAAAACACAGGCAAGAUCUGCCUCCUCUUUUAGCUUCACACAGGAGGAACCUGAGCCCAAACCCUUAUUGUUGAGGGCACAGACUGAGGCAGAGGCCCCMUCCUCUGGUUCUCUGCACAAACAGCCACCUCUGUUCAGCUCAAUGGAACCGAAGCCUCCAGCAGUGUCUCGGGUUUCCGCCUCCCUCCCCAGGAGCUACCAGCGACCGGAUAGCGCCCGCCUGACCUCGKUUGUUGCGCCGAGGCCCUUUGGGAGCCAGUCCUCCCACAUCGCCUCUCUUCCCAGAGCCUAUAYGGUGGACGACACCAGCAAACGUGUCAAUGGUGAUGUCAGCGUUUCUAAGAUGACAUCAGUGCCAAGCCGGUAUCAACAGUUURUGACUGAGGAUGAUGCUCAGUCCAGCUCAGCUCACAGCAGUGAAGAGGAGGAGGAGGAAGGGGAGGAGGGGACCAAAGCAGAAAGCAUCCCAGCAACUCAGAACAUCUCAUCUGUCUUGUCGAGUGCCAAGAGUGAAGCUCCAGUCAUUUCUGCUCCAGCCAAAGACACCAGCAAGGAGGACUUCUGUGACAUGCGGAUUAGUCUGAAGCAGAAGCCAAACAGCAGCAGAGACUUUGGUUUUCACGCAGCCUGGGACUCGACAGGAGCUCGUGUCACAUCCAUCCAGCCAGGCAGCCCAGCUGAGAUGUGCCAGCUUCAGGUCGGGGAUGAGGUUCUGACGGUUAACGGGCACAAGGUGGCAGAAAUGAGCUACACAGAGUGGAGGUCCUGCCUGGAGACGGCCUUGCAGGAGGGCAGCCUGGUCAUGGAUGUCCGCCGUCAUGGCCAGAACAACUGGGACAUAGACCAACCUUCCCUGCCAUUUAAAAGUCAUAAGACCAUCAAUCUGACCAGUACGGAUCAUCCGAUACUUCUAGGUUCUCCGGAAACAAAAACCAUCAAGCCCAGUCUGGAUUUCACCUCACGCACUUUGACAGAAACGGUGCCAGCCAAGGAGAACCCCACUCAUUCUGUUGUGGAUGUGGCUUCAAACAGAGUUAAUGGGAAUCUCCAAGAGGAACCAGUGACCAUGAGGAAUAAAGAGUCAGAACCAUUAUCUUUGAAAAACUUAAAACGGCGAUCAGAGUUUUUUGAACAAGGAGGAUCAGAGUCUGCGGUGCCAGAUAUACCAGUUCCUGCUAUCACUCCGUCCUCGAGCCGCUGGUCCUGGGACCCGGAGGAAGAGCGCAAAAGACAAGAGAAAUGGCAGAAGGAACAAGAGCGCCUCCUUCAGGAAAAAUAUAAGCGUGAUCAGGAGAAGCUGCAGGAGGAAUGGCUCAAAGCUCAGCAGGACAUUGCCGCAAGUGGGGCUCAACAAGAGGUGAACAGCCACAACAUGAGCCCACGCGUGCCCCCGUCUUCUGCCCACCAUCCCACUCCUCCUCUGUGGGAAGAGGAGGAAAGGAAGAGGAGGGUGGAGCAGGAGCGCCAAAGGCAGGCCGAGGAGAGGAGAAAGAGGGAGGAGGAGGAGCGGCAGCUGCAGCGGCUCCAAGAGGAGAGGAAGAGGAGAGAGAUGCAGGAGGAGGAGGAAAGGAUGAGGAUGGAGGAGGCCGAAAGGAGGAGGGUGAAGGAGGAGGAGGAAAGGAGGAGGGUGGAGGAGGAGAAAAGGAGGAGAAUUGAGGAGGAAAGGAUGAGGAUGGAGGAGGAGAAAAGGAAGCAAAUUGAGGAGGAAAGGAAGAGGAUGGAGGAGGAGUUGCGAUGGCAAAGGAAGAGAGAGGAGGAACGGGAGGAGGAGAGGAGGCGACAGGAAGCUGUUGAGCAGCAGCGAAGAGAGCGAGCCUUGGAGCAGCAGUGGACAAGAUCCAAGUCAACCUCUCAGCUUGAUGAAGAAGACCAACCAGCGAGGAGAGGUGCACAUAUGCAGCACAGAGGUACGUCUCCAUGGCUGCUGAAAGACAAGCUGACGAUUGCACGAGACAGGCGAAGCCAGAGUAAGAAUGCCGUGAUGGAGCCGGAUUGGAGAAACAACACGAACGCCUUGAGAUACGAGCCAGAGCUAGUGUCAGGAGCCGGAGUCACUGACAGGAAGGGUCAGCAGCAGCUGCCCUUGUCGCAGGCCGAGCUGGAGCGUCAGCAGAUCCUGAGGGAGAUGAAGAAGACGACGUCGCUGCUUACAGACAACAGCUGGAUCCGUCAGCGCUCCGCCAGCACAGUCACCAACAGGGAGGGCGACAUGCCACCCAUGCGCAGAGGUGAGUCUCUUGACAACCUGGAUGCCUCCUCAAACUCCUGGCACUCAACACGGACACCCAGGAGCAACUCUUUUGCCCAAAACUACUCUCGACCUCAGUCUGCUCUUUAUGGCAACUCUUCUUUUUACACCGGUGGGUCAGGGGCCCAGCGGCCCGCUUCUGUCACUCUGCCUUCCUCUUAUUCCAUGGGCUCCCUCAGAGUCGGGUCAGGAACCCACUCGUCUCCUUGGUCCCAGCAGUCCCUGUCCACUCUGUCAACAACCUCUCCAGACCCCAUAACUGAGGCAGGUGGUCCUCAGCAGAACAGCAGGUCAGUGAGUGGCAAGAAAAUCUGUGCGUUCUGUGACACCCCGCUGGGAAAAGGAGCGGCCAUGAUCAUCGAGUCCCUCGAGCUCUGUUAUCAUUUGAGCUGUUUUAAGUGUAUCGACUGCAAGGUCGACCUCGGAGGAUCUAAAGCGGGGACUGAAGUCAGAAUACGAAACAAACAGCUCUACUGUAACACCUGCUACGUGCGAUUCAAAAGUGCCCAGCCAACAUCAAUGUGAUGCCAUCAUGCUCCAGCAGAUCGACGAGGAGACAACUUGUGACAACAACCCAUGAACUUUUAAAAUGGACCUUAAAGCCAUCACAUAAACCUGGUCACUGAUGAACAUCAUUUGACUUAUUGAUGAAAACUGUAUUUGUUACUACAGGAUGUCAAUGAAAAUAUUUCAAAUAAAUUAUUUCCUAAUUUCUUAAACUCAAACUUAAAAAAGUUCAAUAACUCAGCAUUCCUUGGAGUUUUUAACCGUUUUAGCUUUAAACCUACUCAAGUAAAAAUAAUCUGAAAGAUUCCAGGGUAAAACCCUGCUUUGGAACUUUAUUUAGACAGAUUCCUAAGUUGUAAUAGAGUCUUACAGGAUCUUGUUUUUCUUUUCCUUCAAGUCUUGUGGUAUUAACAUAUCUGUCAGAAGGUAUUUUUGUCCUAUCUAUGUGGCUUUUCAUUUUUAGUAAAGAUAAGGAAAUACGAUUCUGUGAUACAACAUAUUUAAAAAACAAAACAUUACUUGGACAGAUGUUUCCAUCUUAAGAUUAUACAUCAUACAUAAUGAAAUUAAGUCAAAGAGUAUCAUUGUAAAUAAUAAUAAAAAUCUAAAUGCUCA